AUGUCUCUGAUUCUCAGCCGCCUCUCGAGGCUCGGCCUUUUGAAACCUCGAUUGGUGGUGAGACGAUCCUCUCUUCUUCUUCUGCCCUCCAACGACUUCUCAUCCAAUUCCUUGAAGCAAAACCAAACCCCUCCUUGUUACAUCUAUGGCGCUGUAUCUUGUGGAUUCAAUCUUGGAACACUCGCCAUUUGCAGUGCUACCGACCGGUGGAUGGCCAGUGACAUCGACAAGAGGGCGCCUAUGUAUUUGGUGUAUAAUUUCCUCAGUAAACGGAAUGUGGUAACGAUUGGGGCAUCUCAUGGGUGGGUAGCUACUCUGAACGCCGACGAGGAGGGGAUUCUGUGUCUCCAAGACGACCUAAACCCAGCUGCAUCGGACAUUGACCCGAAACGCAUCUCGCUGCCUCCUCUUGUGACUCUGCCUCAUUGCCAAACCAAUGUCAUCACCAACGUGUCACUCUCCUCGUCUUCUCCAGAGGAUCAAGACUGUGUUGUGGCUGUCAAGUUCUUGGGUCCACAGCUGAGCUUUUGCAGACCGGCUCAGAGUAAACCGGAGUGGACCAACAUCAGAAUCGAAAACCCAUGCUUCUUCUCCUCCCCUGUCAUGUUUUCCAAGAAGGACGAGACCUUUCGCAUCCCCGGGUGUGGAGGACACCUGAUCGGGUCAUGGGAUCCACGCAAACCCAGCGACAAACCAAAGCUGCAGAUGCUACGGUUUGAAAACUUUCCUCCGGAGCUGAGGACGAAGACGGACAUACGCGAGCGUCUGGAUCCGUGCUCCAAGAGCGAACACCUGGUGGAGUCAAGAACCACCGGUGAGACUUUCUUGGUCAAGUGGUACAAGAAGACCACCGAGGUCAAGGACGGUGUUACCCACAUGAAAACAGAGUAUGUAAUGGUUUUCAAGAUAGACGAACAAGGUAACGCUGUCUACACUCAAGACGUAGGAGAUCUUGUCAUUUUACUCUCCAAAUCUGAACCUUUCUGUGUCCCUGCUGCUUCCUUUCCCGGUUUGCUUCCUAACCACGUUUACACACUGGAUUUUGAUGAAGUCGGGUUUGUCGAUCUGGGUAGCAUGCUCAUCGAUACUUUCGGUGGUACAAAUCGUGCCCCUUUCUAUAUUCCGCCUCAGAAUAAACAAGAAAUGGAGUCAAGAGGUUGCUGA